AUGGGUCAGAACCUGAUCCUGAACGCUGCCGACCACGGUUUCACCGUCUGCGCCUACAACCGUACCACCUCCAAGGUGGACCGUUUCCUGAACAAUGAGGCCAAGGGCAAGCCCAUCGUUGGUGCUCACUCCGUGCAGGAGUUCUGCUCCAAGCUGAAGCGCCCUCGUCGUGUCAUGCUCCUCGUCAUGGCUGGCAAGCCCGUCGACGACUUCAUCGAGGCUCUCCUGCCCUUCCUUGAGAAGGGUGAUAUCAUCAUCGACGGUGGUAACUCCCACUUCCCCGAUAGCAACCGCCGCACCAGAUACCUCGCCGAGAAGGGCAUCAACUUCGUCGGCAGCGGUGUCUCCGGUGGUGAGGAGGGUGCCCGCUACGGUCCCUCCCUCAUGCCCGGUGGUAACGAGGCCGCCUGGCCCCACAUCAAGGACAUCUUCCAGAGCAUCGCCGCCAAGAGCGACGGUGAGGCUUGCUGCGAUUGGGUCGGUGAUGAGGGUGCCGGCCACUUCGUCAAGAUGGUCCACAACGGUAUUGAGUACGGUGACAUGCAGCUGAUUUGUGAGGCUUAUGACAUCAUGAAGCGUGGUAUGGGCCUGCCUGUCCCUGAGAUCGCCAAGGUCUUCGAGAAGUGGAACACUGGUGUCCUGGACUCCUUCCUGAUCGAGAUCACCCGCGACGUCCUCAAGUUCAACGACGACGACGGCACUCCUCUCGUUGAGAAGAUCCUCGACAAGGCUGGCCAGAAGGGUACUGGCAAGUGGACUGCCGUCAACGCCCUUGACCUGGGCAUGCCCGUCACUCUGAUCGGCGAGUCCGUGUUCGCUCGUUGCCUCUCUGCCAUCAAGACCGAGCGUGUCCGUGCCAGCAAGCUCCUGAACGGCCCUACUCCUGAGUUCUCCGGUGACAAGCAGGCUUUCAUCGACGACCUGGAGCAGGCUCUCUACGCCUCCAAGAUCAUCUCCUACGCCCAGGGCUUCAUGCUCAUCCAGGAGGCCGCUAAGGAGUACGGCUGGAAGCUGAACAAGCCCUCCAUCGCCCUCAUGUGGCGUGGUGGCUGCAUUAUCCGCUCCGUCUUCCUGAAGGACAUCACCAACGCCUACCGUAACAACCCUGACCUCGAGAACCUUCUCUUCGACGACUUCUUCAACAAGGCCAUCCACAACGCCCAGAAGGGCUGGAGAAACGUCGUCAGCAAGGGUGCUCUCUGGGGUAUCCCUCUGCCCGCUUUCAGCACUGCUCUGAGCUUCUACGACGGUUACCGCACCCAGGACCUCCCCGCCAACCUGCUGCAGGCCCAGCGUGACUACUUCGGUGCCCACACCUUCCGUAUCAAGCCUGAGUUCGCCAGCGACAAGUACCCUGUCGACAAGGAUAUCCACGUGAACUGGACUGGACGUGGUGGUGAGGUGUCCGCUUCGACCUACUCGGCCUAA